AUGAAGUUCGCAAAGUCCAUGGAGGAGCUUAUGGUUCCUGAAUGGAGCUCCCAGUAUAUCCAAUACAAGGAAGGGAAAAAGAAGAUCAAGCACGUAACGAACACAUUUCGAAUACCAUCAAAUAUACCUACCUCAACCAACGCAAAGGAUAAACUCAAUCGCACCAAAACCCGUGCUCGUGCUGCCCUAUCCAGGAGCGGAUUGAACCCCCAUUGGCACCAUCACGAUAGUGCCAAGAGGAGCGAUUCCAAGAGGGGCAUAUCUCAAAAUCCUACUUGGACCCCGCCAGGGCCUGCCGCCCUCAACAAAGAUGUUCCCAGUUCCCAGGAUCCCGGGGCAGGUAAUCGCUUUUCUUUUAGCAUAUCGCCAACUUCAGUGGAGUUUCCGAGGGAAGUCCACUGGAGGGGUGGCGGUAAUUCAAGACGGGGUUCCGCAAACAUCGAAUGUAGCUUACAGAAAGCAGCAGCGGCCAAUUCCUCGACCGAUGAUCGACAAGAACCACCUUCUCUGAAGCUUCCUGAGCCCAUUCAGCCUCUAGAACCUCUAGUCGAACUGCUCUUGGAAAACAAUACGCCCCCCCGUAGUCCCCGUCACAACCAUCCCAUGCUCCGCGCGAACACCGCCGAAAUUGAUGAAAUUUCUCCUCUCCCACUGCCUGACUCAAUGAUAUCACCGCAAACAACGCAACGACCAUUGAUAGAGGAAGAAUCAAACACGCCAAUGAGAAGUAUUCUUGCACGCUCUAUGACAUUUAGUCCUCGACCGUUUGUAAAAAGGGUUUCAACAUUUUUUGGUCCCAAUUCUACAGAAAAUACUGGCAUCAUUGAUAUUACAAAAGCACAGACCAUAGCAGCAUUCGAGUUCCAUGAUUGGCUGAUUUUAGAACUGUCAAGAAUUGAGGAGUUUUAUAAGCAGAGGGAAGAUGAGGCCGUGCAACGAUUUGACGAAAUGAAGGAGCAACUAGAUAUUUUGAGAGACCGGUGGUUCAAACAUCAUUACCGGAUUGCAUACGAAGGAGAUGCUGGCGACGUUCACGAUGUGCACAUAUCGCAACCAAGCAACAACCGUAGCAGCCAGGGAACUACUAGUGGUCAUGAAGAUGGGGUCGAGGGAGCGCGUCGGAGGUCUGGGUGGAGAGAUACACUUGCAUCUAUGGGGCGAGGGAAGGACAACGGUCAAGAUCCAGAUAUCAUGAGCCUCUCAUCUGAAAAUAGGGAUAGUGAUGAUGCCAGAAGGGACUACGAGCGGAGGAGACCGACCAACGAUCCUGGGCACAAAUUGGCGAAAUCUAAGCUCAAAUAUGCAUACGUUGAGUAUUACCAUCGGCUGGAACUCUUGAAGUCUUAUGUGCAGUUGAAUCGUGAUGCUUUCCGGAAGAUCACGAAGAAAUUUGACAAAGUUUCUGGGUUGAGAACGUCAGGGAAAUUCAUGGGCGAACAUAUCAAUAAGAGUUAUUUUGGUGGAACCGAAAAUAAGCUCGACGACCUGAUCAAUGAUACUGAGAUAUUAUUCGCUAGGUUUUUCUCAAGGUCAAAUCGUAAAGAAGCUGCAUUAAGGCUUCGUACCAAGGAGAAUAAGUCUGUUUACCAUUCCUCUUUGUUGAGGAGUGGUUUUUUCCUGGGAGCUUCGUUGGUCAUUGGCCUAUCAUCAGUAUGGGAAGCAUUGCGUAUAUUGAAGGAUCCGUACGAAGAUCCUGAAAUGAAGAUCCAAACAAGUUAUAUUUUGCAGAUAUGGGGUGGAGUUUUUCUUAUUUUACUUCAAACCUUACUAUUUGCUAUCAAUCUUCGGAUUUGGGCAAGAAACCGGAUCAAUUAUGCCUUUAUCUUUGAAUUUGAUAAUAGGCACCACCUCAACCAUCGUCAAUUCCUAGAAAUUCCCUCGCUCUUUGGUCUCAUAUUUACGAUCUGCUUCUGGUUUAGUAUUCAAAACUUUUGGGAAGGAGAGCUAGAUAUGAUACAUUUCCCUAUUAUUUUUGUUGCAAUUGCCGGCGUUAUCUUGUUUAACCCCAUAAAGGCCUUUUACUUUCGUGCCCGGCUCUAUUUCAUCACUACUAUGGUGAGAUUGAUGUUAUCUGGUUUCUACCGCGUUGAGUUCAAGGAUUUUUGGAUGGGAGACAUGUUAUGCUCGCAGACCUACGCACUCGGAAAUAUAUACCUGUACUUUUGCCUCUACGCCCAAGCUUGGGACAAACCUGAGCAAUGCAAUUCCUCGCAUUCGUACACAAUGGGCGUUUUCAUGUGUAUUCCGGCAAUUUGGCGUCUUCUACAAUGUUUCCGUCGUUAUUAUGAUUCGCGGCAGGCAUUCCCUCAUCUUGCCAACGGCGCUAAAUAUGGAUUGACCAUUUUGCAAUAUUUGACGUUGACUUUGUGGAGGAAUGACAAAUCGAAUAAUGUCUUGAGGGGCCUAUUCAUAACAAUGGCGACUAUCAGUUCCAUUGUCAGUAUUUUCUGGGAUAUUGUGAUGGAUUGGUCGCUCCUUAAUCCCUACGCCCGCUGGCCGUUCCUCCGUGAUAGGGUUGGGUUCAAGAAAGCAUGGCCGUAUUAUUUUGCCAUGAGAAGUAUUCCGACGAUUCAUCUGGUGUUUCUUCCGUAUGGAGAACGAGCAUUGCGGCAACGUUGGGGCAAACCGGGCAUACCGCGAUCCCCGACUACCAUAUCAUUUCGCGAGCGAUAA